AUGUCUUAAAUUCAUAACGAUUUAUGUAUUAAAGGGAUUGAUGAAUUAAGAUAAGUGUUUAAAAUAGCUCAACCUUAAACUAGAUAACAAAGUCAACCUAAGUAAAACUAAGGGGAAAUUUAAGUGGAAAGAGUUAUUGAAACAUCAUAACCAAUUCAUCAUAGUCAUUGUCAUCCAAUAUGUAUUUAAUAGCCUUAAUCUUUUCCAAUUACCUAUUAACCAUAUAUAAUCAUCUAAGAACAACCUAUGGCAGAAAAGAAAUCAAGGAAAAAGAAGAAAAAAUCUAUUAGUGAAAUUUAGGAACAAUUUCAAGCAGAACAAAUCGUUAAGAAAAAUCAUAAAAGAGUUGAAUAGCCAAAUAUUAAUUUUGAAAAAGAAUUGGAUCAUUUGGAAUAAUUAAUUAGGCAAGUUAAAGUUUAAGGAUUACCUUCACAAGUCUUAGAAUAUAAUAUUAGUAUUCCUGAAGUAGAAAAGCCUAAUGAGAAUUCUGAUAUGAUAACUAUGCUCACAGCUCUUAAACCUUAACCAAUUUAAUUACCUAAAGAUGAUUAUGCAAAAAUUGAUAAUGCUCGUUUACAUGAAGAAGCCAAAUAAACUAAAAUAUAAUUUCAUGAGCUUUAAGUUAAAUAUGAUGAAUUACUUAAAAGGAAGAGAAAGGAAAAGAUAGUUAAAGAAAUUGAAUAUAAAGAAAUCCCUUAAAUAGUUGAAGUACCAAGAGAUGUGAUAAAAGAAGUUAUUAAACCAAUUGAAGUUAUUAAGGAAGUGAUAAAAGAAAUACAAAAGCCUUCUGAAAUCAAUUUUAAAGAAAUUCCAAUUUACAUACCUCAAUAUAAGGAAGUUACUGUAAAUAAGGAGGUUCCAGUUUAUAAGGAAGUGCCAGUAGAAAAAUCAAUAAAUGUUUACAAGGACAUUCCUGUUUAUAAGGAUGUUCCAGUAUAUCAUGAUGUUCCUGUUUUUAGAGAUGUUACUAUUUAUUAAAAGGUUCCUAUUUAUAAGGAAGUACCAUUGUAUUCAGAGCCAGUUGAUGUUUAUAGAGAGAUUGAUGUAUAAAGGGAAGUUUAAAGGAUUCCUGAAAGGUUUGUUGGAGUACAACAUUUAGAUAAAACGAGAAAAAGAGUAAUUUCACCGAGAUAAUAUGAUAGAUCUUAUAUUCGGUCGCCAUAUGAGAGAAGGGAAUUUUGA